AUGACUCCGGCCCUGGUCUCCCGUCGCCUCCAGGCCUCUUCGGGGGACUCGGGCCUCUCGGAUCUGCUCCCCGGACCUCGCCGCUCCCCCAGCCCGGCUUGGCGAGGGCGCCCACCGUCCCGGCCCGCACCCCGCAGGCCCGUCACCAGGCAACAGUCACCAGCUCUAGGGCCUUGGGAAGGCCUACCCUGGGCGCGGGUCCUUCCCUACUCCCUCCUCGCUAGCCUUAAGAGCCCAGGAGGGAGUGUGGCAGGUGAAGGAGAUCGCCCGCUGCCCGUGGGCGGUCACUCACCUCUUCCCCUCUUUCCCCGGAGGGGCGGUGCUGGGGCUCGUUUCCCCCGCCCCCCCAAACGCUUCCUGGCGGCUCCUGUUCAGCCUCAGAGUGUGGGGCGGGGUUACAAGCCGGGGGAGGAGCCGGAGCGCGAGCGAGUGGCGGUUCUUUCGACCCUGCGGUUCCGUAGUCUUGUCAGCUGGAGCGGGGUUCCCGGGCCAUGACCGAGCGGGCGGAGUUUCGUGAGCCCUAGAGGUACCUUCUGUCGGAAAAGGAGGACAGAGAUCAUCUUAUGCAAAAUUCUAAUGAAUCAUAAAGUAUUUGAACCAGUAGGAAUGAAGCUAUUGAAAAAUGAAAAGGAAUUAGAAUUUGAAAAUUCAAACAGUAGUCUCUACAGAUCUCUAGGCAAUAAAUCAUCUUAUAUUUUUUGCAAAAGAAGAAAAGGAUUCUGCGAAUGGAAUUACAAGGAAAUUUUACCGGGAAAUGAAAUGAUUUCAAAUCCUCUAGCACAAGAGAUUGGUGAGGAAAGAAUAAAGGGACUUAUUCAUACAAUGAGUGGGAAUAUGGCUUUACCUUCAAAUAUCAUAUUUGACAAAACUGUUCUUUCACUUUCAAAAAAAGUUAUAGUUACAGUUAAUCAGCAGUUAGUACCAAAAGGAAAGACAAGACUGAGUAUGCAGAAGAUACUCUUUGAUGUCAUAAUAAAAUACUAUAAUCAAGAGAGAGAUUGCCUAUUAACUGAUGAGUAUUCUGAUAUUCAGUCAGGAAUUAUUGAACUUUUAGAAAAUGGGAAAAGAAUAGAAGCACUUGAAACAGCAUAACUGUAUCUAAGAUUGUUACUUUGCAAUGUUAGAGAAGAAUCAUGAGGGCUACUUACCUUUAUAACUCUUGUAUCAGAACCUAAUACCCACAAGUUACAAAAACAGUAUGAUAACAAAACAGUGAUCCUGAAAACUCUUGUCAAAUCAGCAGUUUUGCAAAUGAGAUCAUUAUUGAAAGUAUUAUGGACAGAACAAGAAGUCUGGUUUUUACUGGAGUAUCACUCUGAGCUAUUCAAGGUAUCUCUGGCAUUUUGCCCGGGCACAUUUAUUACUAAACUAUUUGUGUCCAGCAAAAAGAUUGUAAAUGUGAAUGGUGCCAGUUUGUACAGUACGAUUUUGUCAGCAGCACUUACUUACUCGAAUGCCAGAGUGGAAAAGGUGGAUUCAAGCACUGACGACGAGCUGAGAUGCUGCUGGUCAGCUGUUGCAGGAUAG